CCCCCGCGAGCGGAGGCAGUGACGGUCCUGGGCUCCCUCCUCUACCUCCCCCACCACGUGCCCGAGAUCCCCGCGCUGGAGCCAGAGGCGACCGGCACUACACGCAGCGUCCAAGGGAACCAGCUCAAGGACCUUGUGCUCGACCUGCUGCUCAAGGCCGGCAAACGCGAGCCAGCCGGACUGGCCAGAUGUGUAGCGGUGAGCAGCGUGGCCAUCUUCCUGUACGGAGAACUCUCCCACGGCACCAUGCACCCCAAGAUGAAGGAGGCCAUCAACGUGCUGCUGGGGGCGCUCAUGUCGGUGAACAAGAAAGUUGCCAAGGUUGCCUCGGACAUGCUCCUCCUCCUGUGCGACCACGUGGACAAACUCCUCGACUACCACCCGCAGAUGCCCAAGAAAAUCACAGAGGCGGUGGCGUCCACCAUAUCAGCUCUGAUCCCGUCGCACGGGGCAAGCAACUCUGACGAGGAGAAGAGGCUGAUUGUGUCGAUGAUGUUCUGUAUGGUGGAGUGGUGCCUCAAGAUGCCCAUGCCCCUCCUCAUGGAGACCACGGACACAGACAAGAGCUGCAUCUACAAAGUGUUCAGGGUCCUCCACUCAGCAGUGACCGGCCACAGCUCCUCCUCCCUCACGCGGGUCAGCAAGUCUCUCUCCGACUUCCUCCUGGACACAGACUUCACCAACAUCUGGGACACUCAGAGCGGCUCGCUCACCCCCCAGCCCGGCCCCUCCUCGGCCUCCCAGCGCCCGUUCAGCGCCGACGCCACGCUGGCAGACGCGGCCACCGAUCAGACGCGCCCGUCCUUGGCCUCGCAACACUCGGAGACGGGCCGCAAGCCGGAGACAGACAUCGUGAAACUGGCAGCUAGGGCUCUGAUGUCCCACCUGGUACACCACAUGUCCCACUUCCCCAUGGGCUCGGGCGCGGCGCGGCUCCACACGCUGGUCCAGGAGCACCACGACCUGCCCGACUACCUGGAGGACGACCUACGGCCAGAGAUAUUCCAGGCUCCCAAUGUACAGUUUUUUGUUUUAAAUCACCGAUGCCUGAUCUCAUUCAUCGAACUACCAGCUGUGGAUGCGCCCGGUGGCGGUGUGACGGCCGGCCUGAUGACCGCUCGGACGGUGUGUCGCAUCAUCGUGCGCGACCUGUGUGGAAAAUACUGCUGGGAGAACUCUGUGCUGUACAGCCCUCCGUGGUGUACCAAGGGAUCCUCUAGACACAAUGCUGGCGUACAUCGGCGACACAAGCCCCGAGUGUCUGCUGCGGCCCGGCAUGCCCCUCAACAUCGCUGCGCGGGUGCCCGAGGACCUGACGGAGCAGGCUGAGAGCGCGGUGAAUCGCAUGGUGGGCGAGCAGACGGAGGCUGAGGAGGAGCACCGCAGCACGCACAGGAUGGACAUCAGUAUGGUGGCGCCCCCAGAAAUGCCGGCAGAGAGCCAGGACCCCGUGUCUCCCUUCCAGAUGUGUCGUCUGUUGCUGGACCAGAUGGGGCUGUUGUCCUGGGAGAAGAGGUGCCACUUUGAUUUGCUGAAGAAAAGCGACAAAGUGCUGAGAGAGCUCAAGAACUUGGAUGUUCAAAAAUGUCGAGAGACCCACAAAAUUGCUGUGAUCUACAUCGCUGCCGGGCAGGAAGACAAAAACUCCAUUCUGUCCAACAACUCGGGGAGCCGCGCCUUCGAGGAUUUUGUGGCGGGGCUGGGCUGGGAGGUGGAGCUGGAGUCCCACCAGGGUUUCAUGGGCGGCUUGCAGCAGAACCGAACCACGGGCAACACGGCACCCUACUGGGCCAACUCUACCUGCGAGGUGGUGUUCCACGUGUCCACUCGCAUCCCCAGCACUGGCACAGACUGGCACAUCAAGGUCCCGUUCUUCGGCCCGUUGUUUGACGGAGCCAUCGUGGACCAGCAGGUGUUGUCGGGUCUGGUGCGGGCCACGGCGGUCAACGCCAGCCGCCUCAAGCGCUCACUCAUGCCCUUCUACCACGCCUUCUACGAGGAGCGUGCCAAGUGCCUGGAGACCAUCAUCCAGCAGCACACAGAACACACCAUGUUUGAGGAGUUUGCCGAGAACGUGUUCGCACCCGUGCUGCCGGCCAACGCUGCCAUCGUGGAUGUGACGCUCCCGUCUGAGUCGAGCAGCUCCAGUCUGAACGAGCUGUCGCAGGGCAUGGCCGGUGACCUGACCGUGCCCCAGAUGUCGCCCAACAGCGGCCGGCAGAGAGCGAGCGACUCCGCCCUCCUGGACGUGCAGUACCCUCCAACAGUAUCCUCGGAGACCCGCCUACAGCGCACGGCGCGUCGUUGGUCCAUCAAGUCGCGGCGGGCCUCGGGAUCCAAAGUCCCUCCCAGCCCCGGCUCCCCCACCUCCUGCUCCCCCUCGCCGACCGUCUCUGCUCUCUCCGCGGCCACCGCCUUCCUCCUCCCCCCUCCGGACAGCCCGAAGUCGAAGAACGGAGGAGGCGGGAGGAACAGCGUGUCUGGCGUGAGUGGGGUCGUCGUCAGCGGGGGUCUCCUCACCACCAACAGCAGCAGCAACAACAACAACAACAACAACGUUGGGGUAGACAUGGUGGAGAGCCCCCGGGCCAAGUCGGGCAAGUCCAAACUGGACACCAACAGCCCCAAGACGAAGCACGGCAAGUCAAGGUCGGAGAGCCCCAAGGCCAAGUCGAGCAAAAAGUGAACGCUGGGGGGGAGGGAGGCUAGUCGGAGACUUGUCGACACGGUCAGUUAGUCAUUGAUGGCUA